GUGAAUCGAACCUCAAAAAAUUUUGGUGACCUUCAGACAUAGAUAAAUAAAUUUUAUAUCAAUUUUUACACAUUUUCCAUAUUAUUGUUAAAAAUGUCUUUGCCAAGUACUUUUGUAUCUAACUUUCACGACGAAAACGUCGUAAAAAAGAUGAAAUAUUCUAUUUUUGGUGAUACCGGUAUGCAAGUAUCCAAACUUUCUUUAGGGUGUGCAGAAUUUUCAUCUAUUUAUGGAGAUUACUCAGAAGAUAAUUGUAAAGCAACAUUAAUAAAAAGUUUAAAAUCAGGCAUAAACUACUUGGAUACAGCUUAUUGGUAUGGACAAAACACCUCACAAGAAGUUUUAGGAAGAUGUUUAAAAGAUGUUCCUCGUUCAUCAUAUUAUCUAGCAACGAAAGUAGGUAGAUAUGAGCAAGAUCCUAAGGAAAUGUUUGAUUUCUCAUCUGAAAAAACUCGUUGGUGUUUGGAGAAUAACUUAAAAACUUUAGGUGUUGAUUACAUCGAUGUUAUCCAAAUUCACGACAUUGAAUUUGCUCCAUCAAUUGAAUAUUUAAUCGAAAACACUUUACCUGUACUUGAUGAAGCUCGAAAAAAGGGUAUUGUCAAGUAUAUUGGAGUUACAGGAUACCCAGUUAGUGCUUUAAAAGAAAUUGUUGAAAAAUCACCAAUUAAAAUUGAUAUGGUUUUGAGUUAUUGUCGGUUUAAUUUAGUUGAUGAUACUUUAAAGGAUUUUAUACCAUUUUUUAAGGAAAAAAAAAUGGGGAUUGUUAACGCAUCCGGUCUUAAUAUGGGGUUAUUAUCUAAUUCAGGUCCCCAACCUUGGCAUCCAGCCCAAGAUGAGAUUAAAACGGCUUGUAAAAAAGCUAGAGAUUUAUGUAUCAAAAAUGGAACUGAUUUAGCGAGAUUGGCUACUUAUUAUAUUUAUAACAAUCCUGAUAUUGAUACAAAUUUGGUUGGGAUGAAGACUUUGGGUCAAUUAGAUUCAAAUUUGGAUGUUUUAUUCAAUGGGAUCACCCAAAAAGAGAAAGAAAUUUUAGAAGAGGUCAAAAAAGGAUUUGUUGAUCUAAAAGUGAAACAUUGGGAAGGUGUUGAAUUGGAAAAAUUUAAAAACUCAACAUUAAAAUACGAUUAGUAUUCAAUAAAACGUAAUUAACUCUCUUGGAGAAAAACA